AAUAAAUAUCCAAUCAGACGAGUUGCUAUCAAUUAUUUUUCAUAUUGCUUGCGAACCAAAGUCAUGCAUGAUCCAUUUGCAAUUCUAAAAGGAGAAAUUAAUCGUCUCAGUUUUACUUCAAUCGAAAGAAUUCAAUUAUUCUCUUACUUCACUAAUAAUGUAGAAACAAUAACUGUUGCAAUGUCUUGUCUUGCCGAUUUAACAGAUGAUGAUAAGUGUGGAUACUUGAGAUCUUUGAUCUCUAAACCUGGUAUUCCCGAAGAAGUACUUGCAAAUAGGAUCAAAUACUUGAUGUCCAAAACUGAAAGAAUACUAUGUUUAUUACUAGGCUUGCAAUACAUGAAACCAGAACCUCUACUUAGUACUUCUGGCGCAGAUUGGGAAUAUCAUCCUCAUCCAUCUUUGAAGCAUAUUUUGCGAAGUGAGCUUAAACAACAUUAUGAAAAUUUUUGUUCAGGGUGUUUUGACAAAAUGUUGCUUCCGUUAUAUCUCUUUCUUUCUGGAAUUGGUACCAGAAAAUCUCGAAAUGCUAGUGAAUUUCAUCAGACGGCAAUUUCAUGUUUAUCAGCUCAAGAAGAUAGGGAGUUAUUGACUAAGAUUAAAGAAGCCUGGGUAUUCCUUGUCAGUUAUGAGAAUGGAACCUCUUUACGAGACGAUGAAACCAGUGCUUAUCGUGCUGUUGGUACUCGAAUGUUACAUCAACUUCUCAGAGAUAAAAUGAGUUUUGAUAAUAUUAUACAAAAAUAUGACCCACCAACUCCAUUGAGCGUUGUAUCAUUAGUUGCCAAAUACCAUAACCGAGACUUAAAAAAAAUUACUGUUAUUUUAGUUGUUGAUGGCAUGCAACAGCUUAUGAACAACAAAGAUGAUGGUUUAAAGUCGGAUUCUUGGUUUUACAUGGCCUUGUCAAAUAUCGCAGAUCUCGUAUUUAGUGGCACUUUCCUAAUACCCGUUUGUACCUCAGCGAUCACUGGUCUGGUUGAGGGUACAUUUAAAUAUUCUAAUCGGAAACGUGUAUACUUACCGAUCGCUUCUCUACAACCCCCAAACUAUUGCCAAGGAGGUAGCUUGAUCCCAGUAUUUAAAAAUGAUGAGAUUACUAAUACUCUUGUAGAAGAUUGUGGAGGGCAUGGAAGGGCCCUAGAAGUUUUGAAUGAAUGCUUGGCUGGUCGUAAUAUUGAAGAAUGCAACCUCAAUGCUUUGAUGAAUGACCUGCAUCAUAAGCUUACUAAGAAGUAUCGUGAUGCUAUUCUUGGAUCUGUAAAAGAUGCGAGGCCUCUUACACCGGACGAAUUUGCUGCAAGUGGAUUGAUUCGACUCGAACAAAUAGAUAAAGAUAGUCCGGUGGGAUAUCUCACUGCACUGUAUAUUUGGCUCUGGAUAUUGGUAGAGAUAUGUAAUGAGCAAGGAGCUCCAAUAUUCCGAGAUCAGGAUUAUGGAGAGCAAAGAGCGCUUCUGAAUCCA